GCGCGGAGGGGCGGGGGCAGGGGGGCGCUCGGUACGCGCAGGGCGGCCGGAGCAGCAUGGCGGAAGACGAGAGCGACCAGGAGUCGGAGCGGCUCAGCGAGGAGCUGGAGGCCCUGGCGGCUCCGGGCCCUCCCGUCGGUCUGCCGGCCCUGCUCCACAGCCAGUAUUACUGCCGCCGAUUCUGCCAGGUUGUUGAAGACUAUGCUGGAAGAUGGCAGGUUCCUCUGCCUCAGCUUCAGGUGCUUCAGACAGCUCUCUGUUGUUUCACAUCUGCCUGUGUAUCAUUCCCAGCUGAAUGUGAGCACGUACAAUACGUAUUGAGUAGCCUAGCUUUGAGUUUUUUUGAAUUGCUGCUGUUCUUUGGAAAGGAUGAGUUCUAUGAAGAUCCUUUGAAAGAUAUUUUAGGUUCAAUCCAGGAAUGUCAGAACCUUCUAAAUAAAUACAGAAAUAUAAACCUGGAAUUAGUGACUCGAAUAAUUCGAGAUGGUGGACCUUGGGAGGAUCCAGUAUUACAAGCAAUUCUUAAAGCAAAGCCUGUAUCACAGGAAUUAGUUAAUAAAUAUUUAAGCUCUGAAAAUCCACUGUUCUUUGAACUACGUGCCAGAUACCUUAUUGCCUGCGAACGCAUCCCUGAGGCAAUGGCUCUUAUCAAAUCUUGCAUAAAUCAUCCAGAUAUCAGUAAAGAUCUGUAUUUCCAUCAAGCACUUUUCACCUGUCUUUAUAUGUCACCAUUAGAAGAUCAGCUAUUCCAGGAGCACUUGUUGAGGACUGAUUGCAAGAGUGGAAUUGAGAUCAUCUGCAACACUGAAAAAGAAGGGAAGACUACCUUAGCCUUACAACUAUGUGAAUCGUUCCUAGUCCCACAGCUCCAAAAUGGGGACAUGUAUUGUAUAUGGGACCUGAUCUUCAUUUGGAGUAAACUGCAGCUGAAAUCUAACCCCUCAAAACAAGUAUUUGUUGACCAGUGCUACCAGCUUUUAAGAAUUGCUACAAAUGUCAGAGUAAUUUUCCCUUUCAUGAAAGUAAUUAAGGAUGAAGUUGGUGAGGAUGGUCUUCAGAUAUGUGUUGAGAUAUGUGGAUGCGCCCUUCAGUUGGACCUCCGUGAAGACCCCACUAUGAAAAGUCUUAUUUACAAAGCAAUUGCUCACUUUCUGCCAAAUGACUUGGAGAUCCUCAGAAUUUGUGCGCUUUCGAUCUUUUUUCUUGAGCGUACUUUGGAAUCUUACUACACCGUUGAACAUUUAUAUAAAUGUGCAGAUGAGGAAUAUAAUGAAUGCACUAGUUCUGUUCAAAACCGUGUACGUUUUGAAUUGCUUCCUAUUUUGAAAAAAGGUUUGUUUUUUGAUCCUGAGUUUUGGAAUUUCUUGAUGAUCAAGCAGAACUGUUUAGCUUUAUUGGAGGAUAAAGCCUUUGCUGGCUUAAGUGAAACUACACUGGAAAACUCUACUGCAAAUGUAGAGAAGUUAACAGAGUAUAGGGCUAUGAGUGAGGAACAUGUCUGUUCAACAGAUGUAGGCAAUGGGGAACUUGACACUGACGACCUCUCUGAAGCCCAGUCCAAAGGUAAUGCCAAAAAGAACCACGAAACUCAUGAAGCAUCUAAAAUGUUAGAUAAUACUGUACCAAGACACCGCUGUGUGAUAUGCAACAAGGAAUUCUUUGGUGAUCACAUUGUGAAACAUGCACAAGCUCACCAGAAAAAGGGCAGUUUUUCUUGCGUACUUUGCAACAGAAAAUUCAGGCAGAAAGGACUUAUGCUAAAGCACUUAAGGAACCAUGUCAGAAAGAUAGAAAGGCAACAUCUUGCUGCAGUCCUUGAGGCCAGUAAGCAGGCUCAGAUUUGUAAUGAACUAGAAUGUUCUGAUGUUUGUCCCUCCCUUGAAAAUGGGGGCUCUGUUGGUUCUAAAGAGGAUGAACGAGAGAUUGCAACAGUUCCAAGUGCUGACGUGGAACAGGAGAAGGCUGAACAGGUAUUCAGUGCAGUGGAAAACCAUCUCAGUGACCAGGACGAUGUUACUGAAAAUAGUAGUUGUGACAGCUGCUUUAAUAAUGCUCCUGAUGCUUUAAGUACAGAAAGCUUGCCUGAAGAUGAUGAGAACUCCAGUAAAGAGUCACCUAUUUUGCAUAAAGUGAAUGGAGCUUUUUCUCCCCAAAAAUAUAUAGAUGCUAUGGAUCAAGAAGGAAGCUUGAAGUGCCCUGCUAAUGGUUGUGCCAGAGUGUUUAAAAAGAUUCGAUUUCUCAAUAAGCAUGCAAGAAAAGCUCAUCCAACUGAUUUGAAGGUACAGGAACAUAUAAUGAAAUGGAAUAAAGGAAAAUGUCGGUUCUGUCAGAGAAAAUUUGCUGAUUCCCAACAUUUUAUAGACCACCUGAAGAGACAUGUGUAUCCAAAUGUUUACUUUUGUUUACACUUCAAUUGUAAUCAGAGAUUUAAGCUGUCAACUGAGCUAGCAGAGCAUACAAAAAGUCAUAAUGUUUUUAAAGCUCAGUGCAAUUUUGCAGAGUGUUGUGAGCUUUUUGAGGAGCUUCCUUUGCUGUAUGAACAUGAGGCUCAGCAUUACUUAAGUAAAGCGUCAGAGUGUUCAGAAGAUGCCAGUGAAAAGGAUUCUUCAGAUGACCCUUCAGAACAUGGUAGUUGCCAUGGUGAUGAUGAAUCUGUUAAUGAAAAAGAAACUGUAGAUCUACCGAUUCCAACUUGGAAGUCAAGGAAGGAUUCUACAGAACCAAAGACAUAUAUUCAAAGUAUUGAGAAGAAAGCAAUUAAUGUAAUGCAGAAUGGAAAUGAAAGUUCAUCUGAGGGCACUGCAACGGUUUUGAUAGACCAAAAGGCACCUGUUUUACAGCCAAAUUCUGAAAACUGUACUGUUAGUGACCAACUAGUCAAUGGGCACAGUGACCCAAAUCAAACGUCAUCAAAGUCAUCAGAAACACCUUUGAACAGAGUGGUAGAUGAAACAAGGACAGAGAAUGGGUCGGUGUUACCCGUUUUACAGAAUUCUCACGAUACAACACAAAAUAAUGCUGCUCCGUCACAACUACCUUCUAAACCAAAUCAGACAACGGAAAACACUUCAUAUGGUGUCAUCUUAACAAAACCAUAUGUUAGACCCUUGCCUCCAAGUUAUCUUGAUGAACGAUACAUUAGCAUGCCAAAACGUAGAAAAAUGUUGACUGAUAAAGCAGAUGCUCAUUCAGAACAAGAUAAAUGUUGUAGUAAAACAACAGAAAGAUUUAGAUGUGGCAACUGCUUGACCAUCUACUGUAAUUCAGAAGCACUUGAGGCUCAUCUUGCACAAAAGAAAUGUCAGACGCUCUUUGGAUUCGAUUCAGAUGAUGAAAGUGCCUGAUUCAACAUUGUGGGAAAAUGUAUCGAAUGAGGAGUGGUGUAAGAAAACACUACAUGAAGAAGCAGGAGUUUGUUUCCCAGUUGGCCUUAAAUCAUAAAGCAGUCUCAAAUUACUAAAGAAAACAUGACCUUGAUAAAGACAAAGCACAUUUUCUAGACAGAACUCACAGAGGAGUAGUGGGAGCUCUGCAGCUUUUGAAUCCAGGAAGGUUGCUACAAAAUCCCCAAAGUACCAGUUAUCCAAAAAACCACAUCCAUUCCAAAUGUGUGAUUGAAGCUUAGCGGCACAGUCUUUCUAGCACAAAGGUCUAAGGAGAACAAUGCAUACAGCUGAACAGGCAGAGAAAGCAAAAGCAUUAAUUGCCUUAUAGAAGUAAAACAGCUGGCUCUGUAAGCUGCUUUAGUUAUGAAACAUGGUUAGAGUUUUCUUCAUCCACUCAGCUUGGAGGAAGUCAUUCAAGAAUGUGUCACUUUAUGCUGAAAUGUGUAGAGGAACUAAAUGUUCUUUUUUCAGAGUUUAAGUAUGUGAUUCCAUUAUCUGCUAAAAAGUGGAGCUCACUUAAUAAACCAAUACUUGGAAUCUGAAAAGAACAAUGCAGAAAAAAAAAAUUAACGUGGAUGGAAAGCUCUAACAGCAAAAAGAAAACCCAACCCUUGAGGUACAGAGCACGCAAGCAAGAAGUGCAUUGGUGUGAUAUUAAGUAAGUUAUGCAAAGCGGAAAUCAGAUGCAUGCAGGAGAAGGCCUUUACAAGUCUGUGGUUAAAGUACAUGUAGGGUGUCCCAUAAAACAUCUGAUUUACAUACAGGAAGGCUAUUACAAGCAGUACAUGCACAAGUUCUGUGAAUAUUAACAAGUGCAGAGGGUUAGGCUUGCACUACAGGAGAGAGUUUGUUUUUAUGCAAAUACAGGGAUCUUUCAGUUGCUAUUAUGACUAAAGAGAACUUGAAAAGGUUUUUUGUUUUGUUUUGUUUUUUAAAUUCUUUGUUUUAAAAAAGAAAUAAUGACAGACGAAACCAGGGGAUGUGUGUCAAGGUAGAAAAAAGAUCAGGAAGAGCUUAUUUCGCACAUGUGGUAUUACCUAAUGGUGGUAGGUCACAACUCAAUAGUGUAAUAAAAUAUUUGCUGUCUAAAAGAAGGGAGAAAAUGUGCAUCAACUCAACCUGAAGAUACAGUACAACCGUAUCUAGCAGCAUCUCUUGAGAAGGUAGCCUUUCCCAGAAGUUAGUGAAGGAGCUAAGUUAAUGUUAAGCACUUUAUCCAGCAACUGACUGUUCAUAAAAGCGAUCACAGAGUUUGUGAAGGUAAGGAUUUUUUAGUCUUUCACCUGCCUAGAUCCCAAAGACAGGAUGUUUGGAAGCAUGAGUUGGUGCGAAUGAUCUUUAUGGUUCCAUUCCAAAUCAGUUUAUUUGAUUCUGUGAAACCAAAAAGAUACUGUUACAGUUUUUGAUCUCCAUGCUCCAGAGGUGUUGCAAACAAGCACAUUGUCUAAUUAGUGUGUUAAUUUAUCUUCUAAUAACUCUCUUAUAUCUUGCCAUAAAAGUUAUUUUUGAAGUCAUACUCUGUGUUGUUGUUACCUGAAAAUAUUUAUGUGAUUACGGUCACAGAAGGUCCAAUGAUGAAAAAUGGUGUGUACAAAUGAAAUCAGCAGAGAAAUGUAGAACAGCAAAGACCAACUGUUCCUGCUCAGCUGUUUUGCUUCCUGAAUAGUUCAUCGCAACAUCUGUAUGACUUAGUAAGAUGAUCAGCUUGCUUAAAAUGAGCUGCAUAAAAAUUAAUGAGUAAAAAGAAACAACACACGAGGUAAAGAUUUGCUCAUUGUAGUAAUGGCUCACACUUGCAAACUUAAGGGUUUCACUGAAAGAUAAGCCCUUAAAUAGUUCUGGAACUUAAUAGUUUCAUUAAUGCCUCUGCUAAUAGUCCUCUGUAAAGGUGCAGAUAUUUGCAUUAAUUCUGCUUCCUCCUUCCUGAGAGGUAAAAAAGAAAACGAAAUCAGAUUUAUUUUUAUUUUUAUUUUUUGUAAUUCUGGUGUGUUUUUUUCUUUGCCUUUCCUUUAAGUUGGAUUAACAUAAAAGGGUAUAAAAUUAUGAUCACAGAUAUGCGUACAUUACAUUGAUAUCAAUGGCUGGCCCACUUUGAGAGAUCCUUGUGACAUUUGAGGCACCAAAGAAUUUUUUAUUUUUGCAUUUGCGGAAAAGUAGUUUAAAUGUGUCAUUCAUAUAUAUUGAAUACACACAGUCUAUAUGUAUAUUUACAUAUAUGAAUACAUAUGUGGCGCAAGUGGUAGAAGUGCCGCUCUGCAGCACAGAGGCUCGAAUCCCGGGGGUUGGACUCGAUGAUCUCUAAGGUCCCUUCCAACCCACACCAGACUAUUACCUAUUAAAACAUUUCAAAUACAAGGGACUGUAUCAGCAAAAUGCACUUUCACGUUUUUGGUUGGUUUUUGUUUUUUGUUGUUUUUUUUUUUGCUUCAAGCUACCAACUAUGAGUAAUUUAUAAGGACCCAGUUAACAUCUUGAAUGUUCCCAGACUCCCCGUUCUUUGCUUAACAUCUGUUAAAUUUGCUGAAGUAUAUUUGGGUGGUGGUGGGGGGGGGAAAGAAAGGUAAUUCUAAACUAUAGCAGUUUUGAAAAUCUGGGAACUCAGUCAAUAGAUGUGACAAAUGUUUGUGUAAAGUCCUUUAAGUGUACCUUGAAUCUUUGGUGCUUUUUACAUUUUCCUGGAGCUCCGUGUGUUUGAAUAUGCUUUAAAAACAUGACUGAAACUUGUGGUUUUUUCUUUUGGUUUAAAGUGUGUAGAUAAAUGCAUCUAUGUAUGUGCAUAAACUGUGACCAUAAUUUUUUGUACCUGUAUUAAACUCAUUUUUGUUCAAAGAUGCUUUUCUUGGACACCACCAUUUGUUUAUACCACGUGUUAAGAAUAUUCACACGAGAGAACUGAAAGACGGAAUUCUGAUGUAGGUGAGCAUUAGGUGUCACUUAAUGCCUAUCAGAAAUAUCUCAAAUUGACUGCAAGUGGGUGGUAAAAUGUUUGUUUUAAGUAAAGAUUUUACUUCAGAAGACACUGUAUUUUCUUUAAACUGUUUUCUAAUACCUGUCGGUGUUCUCAGAUAGCUGCAGUAUUCACUUACAAGCAAAAAGAUCUAAUAUGUGUGGGAUAAUUCCACAUAUUUUCUUAGGAUUCUUUAGUAUGUUGAGCAUUAUCCUAUACUAAGCCUGCAACUUUUAGGUCUGAAAAAGGUUGUGAGUCUAGAAUUGUAAGGUUUAGUCCCAGGCGUUAAACAUAUAAUGGGAAAUAAUUCAUCAGGACUUGAUUCAGUAAAUGCUGGAGUAUGUGUGUAACGUAAGCAUGGAUGUUUAUGAAAAUUGGCCUCAAGUUACACACGGACCUAGUAGCUUCACUGGAUCAAAGUUUGUGCAUUGUAUUGCUGAUGAUCAUGUUUCAAUAGCGCUCCUUCAGGUGGCUUCAAAUUGGAUUUGAAGUUUCAUUGUAAACAUCAGUAACCUGCUGACAGUUCACUGUAAAGGUCAUGCAAGCUCUUAUUCUCAGAGUUGCCACUUGGGCACCUUUCACAAAAGAAUAUAAUUAUUAAAAGUGGUCAUAUCUGUGGGGGAAAAGGUCACUGGUACUUUGGUUCUUUAGCCAUAUUCAUUGAAACUAUAUAAAUUGUAUAGUUUGGAUAAUUUAUAAUAUUAAACUCUGUGAUUUUUUUAAUAUCACAUUGAAGGUUCAGCUGUACUCAUUUCUUUUACUGUUUAACACCGGCGAUAUGGACGGAAGACUCAAAGGGGGGUGGUAGUGUUACUAUUUUCUUAAUUUAUUUGGUACUGUAUAACACCUUUCUGAUUAAAUGCAGCGUAUGCAUUUCGGGACUCUGUUAAUUUGUUACAAGCUGUUACAGGUUCAGCAAGAAAGGAGAUUUGUGCUUCCUUGUUGAAUGUUAAAUUAUUUUCCUUUGCAUUUUCUAUGAGAGUACAAAUUAAAACUGAGCCAUCAAACUGCAAUAAAUCGACAGUAGUGUUUCAUUUUAAAGAAAAAAACCUUUUUGUACUGUACAUAGAUUUGUUCAAUAAAACGUUGUCUUUGUUGUUGAUAGAAA